AGAGUUUCCGGAAGAGGGGUGCGACUAGUCGAUGCAAAGCAGAAGAGAGUGAACUGUGCUGAGAAAGUGAGUGAGUGAACGAGGAAGAUGUCGGAGUGAUAACGGAGUAAACAUUCACCAUGUCUCUGCAACUUGUGGUCAUUAAGGCCACAAACCUGCCAAAUGCGGAGAAAUUUGGAGAAAGCGAUCCUUAUGUAUCAAUCGAGUUUCAAGGCAUAAAGAAGAAGACAGAAGUUAUCAAGUCUAAUCUCAACCCCGUCUGGAAUGAGACAUUUGAUAUUGACCUGAAAGGAAAUGGUCUCACAGCUUCCGACGAGUUACAGGUCCGUGUCAUGGACUGGGAGAGAGUGGGCCGUAACAGGUUGCUGGCCCAAUGUAAAGUCCCUCUCAGGAACCUCCUACGAGGGGGUACCCAGUCUGAAUCCCUGAACCUCAGCUUGACCGACGGAAACGGCCGACCCACUCAGGCCAAGCUGGAGAUGAAGGUGAUGUACAAGCCCCCUGCCACCGCUGCCCCAGCUAGUGGUGCCAUGGGAGCCAUGGGAGCUAGUCCCACAGAGGAGACUCAAGGUCAGGUGCUGGGAGAGUCCUUGUUGGGUGAGGAAGAAGAGGAAGAGGAAGAAGUUGACCCUGGCCCCCCUCAGAUUGACCCCACCACGGGGCAGGUCAUCCCAAGACCCAAGAAGAAGAAGAGGCGGGUCAACAAGAUGGGGCGCAGGAAGCUCCUGGAGAACCUGUCCAACAAGCCCACAGACUUCCAGAUUAGGGUCAAGGUCCUUGAGGCCAGACAGCUACAAGGUGGCAACAUCCAGCCGGUUGCCAAGGUAACCGUAGCCAACCAAACCAAACAGACUCGAGUAAAGAAGUCCACUAACAGCCCGAGCUGGAACGAAGCGUUCUUCUUCAACUUCAAGAAAUCUCCCGCCGAUCUGAUGGAUGAGCUUGUAGAGUUCAAGGUGUUCAACUCCAAGAAGCUUCGAUCUGAUGCACUCAUUGGAUCUUUUAAGUGUGAUGUGGGCAUGGUCUACUUGGAGCCCAGACACUCCUUCCUCCACAAGUGGUUGUUGCUGAGUGACCCCGAGGAUACAAUGUCAGGGGCCAAGGGCUACCUGAAGGUGUGCGUGUGUGUGAUUGGCCCUGGGGAUGAGGCACCAAGCUUUAAGCCUGUAGCUUCUGAGGAAUCAGAUGACAUUGAGAGUAACCUACUUCGGCCGGCUGGAGUCCAGUUACAGCCAGCGACCUUCACCCUCAAACUGUACCGAGCUGAGGAUAUUCCUAGAAUGGACUCUGCAUUCAUGCAGGGGGUGAAGAAAGUGUUUGGAAUUGGGGAGGAGCAGAAGGAGUUGGUGGACCCUUACUUUGUGUUCAGCUUCGCUGGGAAAGAGGUGCAGUCUAAAAUCAUGUACAACAAUGACCAUCCUGACUGGAAUCAGAUCCUGAAGAUCGGGAUACAGUUUCCAUCGAUGUGUGAACGCCUUAAGUUCAUUGUCCGUGACUGGGAUAGAGUUACCGACGACGAUACAAUCGGAACCAACAUCCUGGCUACCUCGCUCAUCUCGUCCUCGGCCGGAUCUGCCCAAUUUGAUAGUUUUCUGCCGACCUUUGGCCCCAGUUUUGUUAACUUUUAUGGGUCAACUCGGGAAUACUCUGACCUCCCUGAUGAAUACGAUGACCUUAAUCUUGGAAAGGGAGAGGGUGUGGCCUACAGAGGGAGAGCCUUGGUGGAGAUACAGACGACCCUGGGCGAGUUACCUGAGGUACCUGUGGAAGACAUCAACAAUGAUGACAUUCUCCGAGUACAGAAAUUCAUGAGACGGAGAAAAUACAAACUCCAUGCUGCAUUCCUCAAUGCUACGAUGGUCAGUGCUAUAGAUGCUCCUGUGGAAUUUGAAGUCAGCAUUGGUAACUAUGGUAACAAACUGGAUGAGAACACAGCCCCCUGCCCAUCAACCACACAGCCAACUAACGCGGUGUUUGAUGGCUGCCAUUACUAUUUCUUGCCCUGGUCUGGUACCAAACCCUGUGUUGUUGUUGAAUCCUCCUGGGAGGACAUCAGCUUUAGACUGGAGGGGCUCAACUUACUGCUCAAAAUCAUAGAUACACUGGAAGCCAACAUAGAGCAAGUGAGAAUCGGAAUCAAGGCCAAGCUGCCGACCCCUGAACUUGCUCAGCUUCUGAUCUCACUGCUGGAUCAGCUGGAACAAGACUGCAGGAAAAAGCUGCCUGAACCAACUCCAGGAAGACAUGUUAGUAAUGAGCUCGAUAGGCUCACUCGAGAUUAUCGCGAGUUUGAGCUGGAAACUAUCGCUGACAAUGUCAUUAAACUGAAAACAUCGGCAACUGAUGUACAAGAGGCAAUGGCAGAAGUUGAGAAUUAUUUACAAAUACUCAAAAAUAUAGCUAAAGAGCCUCAGAACAGUAUGCCUGAUGUGGUGAUUUGGAUGAUCAGUGGGGAUAAGAGACUGGCGUACUACAGAAUCCCAGCCAAUGAAGUUCUGUGGUCUCAGAACCCUGACUACAUCGGUAGACUGUGUGGCCGACUACAGACUCUACAACUCAAAUUUCCGGGUUUGAAGGCUGAGAAGGAGAAGGUGAGCGAGGUUCCGGCAAUGCUGCGGACCAAGAUCUGGCUGGGACUGGCUAAUGAGGAUGAUGCCUGGCACCGCAUGCAGACCGAGGGCGAGCUGGCUGUCUACGCAGAAACCUAUGAGAAUCAAUGCAAUAUACCUGUGGUAGGAUGGACUAAGAAGGGCCCCCUUGGGCGCCCCAAGUGGUCAGACAGUCAAGGAAAGUGUAGCUUGCCCCGCGAGAGCUUUGAGCCACCCCCUGGGUGGAGAUGGGAGGGGGACUGGUACGUCAGUCCCGAGCUCAGUAUGCUGUUCGACAAGGAUGCCGGUCACAAAACGUACAUGGAGGAGUGCUACGAGAUGCAUUCCCGGCUACCAGGUACCAGCUGGGGACCAGCUACACGACCCUGGACUGAUGUGAAAGGGGAUGAGAUGGCCCCCAAGGACUCCGUGGAUCUCCCCCCAGGCUGGGUGUGGGAAGAUGUAUGGCAGAUUGACCUAUCCCGGGCGGUUGAUGAGGAGGGGUGGGAGUACUGUGUAGAGUCCACCAUGGGCGGAUACGGACCGGUCGAGAAGCGGUACCACCUGUGUAGGCGCAGGCGCUGGGUACGAACCCGGAAACUGGUUGAGGACGCCAAACAGAAAAAGCACAAGGAGAAAAAGAUUGAAGAGGCAGCUGAGGGAUGGGAGUAUGCUCCCUUAUUCAACCUCAAGUUCCACGCCACUGAGCGCACGAUGGACAUGGUUCGCCGCAGACGCUGGCAUCGCAAAAUGAUCUGUGAAAAGAAGGGGGCUGACUGUUAUUUUGCCAUGAAGUUUGAGGAUGAGGAUGACAAGGAGGACUUCAAUGCAGCAUAUGCCGCCCCCAGGAUGUUCCUGACCUUCAAAAAACCGUUCAAAUACCAGAUGAGGGCCUAUAUCUACCAGGCUCGGGAUCUGUUGGCUGGAGACGAGACAGGUCUCUCAGACCCGUACGCCCGACUGUCUUUCCUGACGCAGAGCUCAGUGACGGAGAAGAAGGAGAAAUCUCUCUGUCCAACCUGGGACCAGACAUUGAUCUUUGAGGAACUGGAAAUUUACGGUGACCCUCGGGCUAUCGAAGAGAACCCCCCAGAGGUCAUGAUCGAGUUGUUUGAUUAUGACAAGUUUGGAUCGAAUGAGUUUCUAGGCCGGACUAAGGCUGUUCCCAUGGUGAAGCUGGACCCUGCCGACGCCAGAAUGCCGGUCCUACAGUGGUACCCCAUCAGUCGGGGUCAGGAGGACGGGGGCGAACUACUGGCCGCCUUUGAACUCUUCCUGGUGCCAGACAAGAAUGCGUCCAUGGAAAGUCUGCUGGCAGGAUCUGACCUACCAUUUUUACCUCCAAAGAAAGGAGAUCUCUUCCUUGUACCCAAUGGGAUUAGACCUGUUAUGCAGAGAACUGCUAUUGAGGUGCUAUGCUGGGGUGUAAGAAACAUGCAGAAAUUCCAGCUGUCGGCAGUUACCUCCCCUAGUAUUGAGUUUGAGUGUGGCGGCCAUGUUAAGGAGUCCAAUGUGAUUAAGAGCACCAAGAAGAACCCGAACUUCACAGAGAACAUUCUGUUCUUUGAUGUGAUGUUGCCGCGCGAGGAGCUGUACAUGCCCCCAAUGAACAUCCGUGUCCGGGACCACCGACAAUUUGGCAGGAAGCCAACAGUGGGAAUCCACGUACUGAAGUCACUGGAGGAGUUCCGCUGUGAUCCCGUCCAAGCAGAACUGGCGGAGGACGAUGAUGGAGUCCAGGGUGGACUUGUGAAUGGUGGGCGGGGUGGAGAGCACGUGAUUGACAUGCCGGCCGAGGAGAGGAAGGUGGAGCGGAAAUCAGGUCCACAAAUAGGUCAGCCUUUAAAAUCCUUCCCGCAGUUAGAACUUCCGGCUUUGUUCCGUGGGAAGCAAGAGGAGCCGGAUCCAGUGGUGGAUGAAGAAAUUGAUUGGUGGUCCAAAUACUACGCCUCCACCGGUCAGACUCACAAGUGUAAGAAGUACAUAGAAAAAGGACAGGACAAGAUUGAGGUUUAUCAGACACAUCUGGAGGAUGUGGACUUCACCAAUGGGUUCUCUGACUUCUGCUCCACGUUUGAAUUACAGAGGGGGAAGGAUGAGGAGGACGAAGAGUCAAGUGUUGUGGGAGAGUUCAAGGGUGGAUUCAAGGUGUACCCCUUACCCCCAGAUCCAAACGACGAAAUGCCAUCCAAAGUGUUUACAAACUUACCAAGCUCCACCCCCGAGGAAUGUAUUGUCCGUGUUUAUGUCAUAUGUGGCAUUGACUUCCAGCCAAACGACACGAGUGGACUGGCGGAUCCUUACAUAGAAAUCAUUCUCGGUAACAAGAAGAUUAGUGACAGAGACAACUACAAACCGAACACCAUUGACCCAGUUUUUGGACAGAUGUUUGAGUUGACAACAAUGUUACCUGUACAGAAAGAUCUGACCAUACGUAUCAAGGAUUAUGACAUCAUUAGUAGUGAUGAUGUCAUCGGAGAAACCACCAUUGAUCUUGAAAAUCGCUACCUCUCCAAAGUCCGAGCAACAUGUGGUCUUCAAAAAUCCUAUUGCAUAGCUGGUGUGAACCAAUGGAGAGACUGCAUCAAGCCACGACAGAUCCUGGAAAAUUACUGUAAACAAAACCAUGUGUCAGGGCCACACUUCUACGGCAACAACAGUGUCAAGGUCGGCAAGAAGAUCCACAACUUGGCUGAUUACGAGCCCAACAAACCAGUGGACCCCAAUGUAGGCCCCGCGGAUGAGCGUCUGGCACUGCAUGUUUUACACACCCUGCCCAUGGUUAAGGAGCACGUGGAGACACGCCCCCUUUUUAACCCGAUCCAGCCAGGCAUAGAACAGGGCAAGAUUCAAAUGUGGGUGGACAUUUUCCCAAAAUCUCUAGGACCCCCUGGACCUCCAUUUAACAUUGAGGCCAGAAAAGCCAAAGAUUAUGUUCUGCGGAUCAUCAUCUGGAACACAGUGGAUGUUGUUCUGGAUGAGGAAUCGAUAACCGGAGAAAAAAUGUCUGACAUUUAUGUCAAAGGCUGGGUCUCUGGAAUCGACGAGAAACAAAAGACAGAUGUACACUAUAGAUCAUUGGAUGGGGAAGGAAACUUCAACUGGAGGUUCAUCUUUCCCUUCAGUUAUGUUCCAGCUGAGCAGGUGAUGGAGGUCAGGAAAAAGGAACACUUCUGGAGUUUGGAUGAAACAGUCCAGCAUCUGCAGCCCAACAUAGUAAUCCAAGUCUGGGACAAUGACAAAUUCUCCAUGGAUGACUUCCUUGGCACUGUGAGUUUGAAUCUGAACGCUAUGCCUAUGCCAGCGAAGAAGGCCAGCUCUUGUAAAGUGAGCAUGCUCCCUGACAUCACCACAGGGUCAGAGGUCAAACUGGUGUCGCUGUUUGAGCAGAAGAGAUUGCGUGGAUUCUGGCCGGUUUACAACGAUGACACUGGAACUAGGACUCUCACGGGGAAGGUAGAGAUGGAAAUGGAGCUGGUAUCAGUGGAGGAGGCCGAGGAGAGACCGGCCGGUCAAGGUCAAGAGGAACCCAACAUGAACCCCAAACUGGAUCCACCAAAGCGACCGGAGACUUCCUUCCUCUGGUUUACGUCUCCGUGGAAGACGAUGCGGUACAUCAUUUGGCGUAACUACAAGUGGUACUUCAUCGGAUUCCUAGUUCUGCUCCUGAUCCUUCUACUGGUCUUCCUCUUCCUUUACUCCUUCCCGGGAGAAGUUUCUCAAUGGAUUGUCAAUGGAUAGAAAUUGUCACAAACCUCAAACACUGUGAAUAUUUGUCAUCAGUGGUCAGCAGAGAACCAAAAAUGAUAAACUCUACACAUUAUAGACACACCAAAUACACUGUCAGGAUUCUUUACUUUGGAAGUCUUCUGUACAUGGAGUUGGACACUGAAGCGAUGAUUAGAAGUAAUUUGUCUGACAAAUUUUAGUCUAUCAGCACUGUUCAACAAUAAGAUUUCCUUCAAUUUUAAGUUAUGACCAAUAUCUUUGUCAACUAUUCCAAUUCUUUGUGGGGAGAAACUAUUGUACCGGUAGAUUGUACAUGUACAAUGACGAGAUUUAUCUUUGUGAUAUGAUACAUUAAUGCCUCUAACUUUAAAAACUUGUUUAUUGUGGUCACUUAUGAACAAUUGUUGUUGUUACCUCGUCAACAAGAAAAUGAUCAAAUGAGUUUUCCCAACGAUUUAUCUGUACUUACACUCUGUGCCUUCCAGCAGUGCUGCAUUCUGAUUGGCUGCCUUAGUCAGGGUUCUUUUAUGAUUGGCUGCCUAGGUCAGGGCUGCUCUCUGAUUGGCUGCCUUAAUCAUCUUGCCUUUCAUGGUUCUGUGAACUCAAUCACAUUGUUACAUCUUUGCUUGAUGCAUUUAUCUUAUAUGUUCAUAAUGUUUAUGUUAGAAAUGAUGAACAAUUCUAUAUUACUUGUCAUAGUUUUUAUUCUUGAGCUCUAUGUAUCUAUUAUUUGUAAUAUGUGGGUACCUGUAUUUUUAACUGUUGCAGGUUUUUUUUACACUGUACUAGUACUAGAAUUCACAGCAUUAUAGUGACCAAUAUAGCAGCAUGUCUUUGACCAUUCUCUCUUGAAAGUUAUUAACACUUAAUCUUUUUUAACAUUGUGAUAUUUUCAGAUUAUAGUCUUAUACACAUCUAUUGGCUGAUAUUAUGUAGCGUUUUAUAAACUGGGUGUCAGUUGCUGCCAGGCGAAACUAAUCUCAGAUCAAGACAUCCAUCAGCCAUUUUAAAACAGUACACUGUUAACUGACCAAGAACCAUGUCAGACAUAUUCUUGAGGCUGUGUGAUAUUUGAUGGAGUGUUGGUUCUGUGGGUUGUUUCCCCUGGUAGAUGAUAUUGACCCCGUACAAGUUUCUGUGCAAUCCUUGUAGUGUAUGUGUAUAAGUACGGGAUAUGGAAUGUUUUACUAAUGUUAUAUAAACUAAUAAACUGCAACAUAUAAACUA